CUUAUUUGAGUUCUCGCGGUUUACGACCACAGAAUACGGUUGCACCGGAAAAGGAGAAGUUCUCUUCCGUUGCGCGAUUUCGCCAUGGCCCGGGGCCCCAAGAAGCACCUGAAGCGUGUUGCAGCGCCGAAGCAUUGGAUGCUCGACAAACUAACUGGUGUAUUUGCACCUCGUCCAUCGACAGGUCCCCACAAGCUGAGGGAAUGUCUUCCCCUGAUCGUCUUCCUCAGGAAUAGACUCAAGUAUGCGUUGACUGGAGAUGAAGUAAAGAAGAUAUGUAUGCAGCGUUUCAUCAAAAUUGACGGCAAGGUUCGAGUGGACAUCACAUACCCUGUUGGAUUCAUGGAUGUCAUCAGCAUUGAGAAAACAGGUGAGCAUUUCCGCCUGGUCUACGACACCAAGGGCCGUUUUGCUGUUCAUCGUAUCACAGUGGAAGAGGCAAAGUACAAGUUGUGCAAAGUGAGGAAGAUUACUGUGGGGACAAAGGGAAUUCCACACCUGGUGACUCAUGAUGCUCGAACCAUUCGCUACCCAGAUCCUGUCAUCAAAGUGAACGAUACUGUGCAGAUUGAUUUAGGGACUGGCAAGAUAACCAGCUUUAUCAAAUUUGACACAGGGUCUGCAGGUCAGACCUGGCAGAUGGUACCUCGCGAGAGGGAUGCUGCAACGCGUCACGACAGAACUCUCAAAAACGAAGGUGAAGAAGACUGCACAGUCAGUAAGUCAGUCCUUCUUUGGAUUCCAGCAUGAUGCAUCAAACCAUACCAUUGGGUGACUAGGACCCAACCCAGAAUUAAAGAAAAUGACCCUACAGGACUCACAGCUGUGGCGAUGCAGCUUCUGUGGAUGACACAAGCCCUGGGGGAUGCUGAAGAGGACCACUCAGGAGGCUGAGCAAAUCUUGCUCUGGACACAGACACCAUUUACUCCAGAUAAUUUGUUCCUUGCUAUGCUCUGUGUUGUACAUUGCAGCUUGUGUAGGGUAUUGAUCCUUUGUAUGCUCUCACUUUGUCUGCAACCUGUACCUGCCACACCUCUGUUGUGCUCAUCUCUUAGACCCAUCUUUCUUUUGCCCUGUCACCUGGGCAGACACCCCAUUCCUAGCCUCUAAUAACAUAACUGCUUGGCUAGGAAGGAUAGAUUUACCCCCACUGGGGUUCCUCAUUAAUGGCACACAUUGGACUAGGGUGUGGGGUAACACUACAUAUCAUCCCACUAUCCUCCCACUGUAUGUAAAUUGUAAAAGUUCUACCGCUUACUGUGUACGGGCCCAAACACAAGUAUGGCUACAUCAUGGCAAAGGAAAUGCCUUAACAGUCUUAUGUGCAUAUAGCCUUAAACUGGGCAAUGCAAUCAAUGCCACUUUCUCAAACAUUCCUUGCUGUGCUAAAGAACAAAAGCAAGACAGUAAUGGAUUCCACUUUAGCUGAGAGGUCUGUCAUAGGGAAUAAGCUCGUAGCCUCCAGUUAGGCAAUUAUAACAUCUUAAACUAGAGCCCCCAUAGCUGUUUGCAGAGUGAUCAUACUGAUAUCCUUGUCUGUUGUGAUAUCAAUGACAGUUUUGUAGCCACAACCCAUUCUCCUAUAAUUUGGUCCAAAAGGGGGAUGGCAUGUCUCCAUCCUCAAGUAAAGUCCAUGCCACCCCAAGACACUUUACGGUGCCUAGGGCAUCUUAGCACCCCUUUUAACACCUGGCAUGGGACAUAUCAUAAUUCCAGUCACAAUUAUACUGUGACCUCUUUUCAUAAUCACCCUAAUCAGUGCCUGAUUUGCACACUACCCAUUCAUAUGUUUUUCUUAUGGGAGCCAAUAUUUCUAUUACACCCCAAAACUCCACGUUUGUGACCCUCGUGCAGGGACAGGCUUGGUUUGCCUCUUGUAUCUCUAAUUAUAAUGUAUCUAAUUUAAAUAUUAUUAGGGUCAGGGUAAUGAGGAGACCAUCUGGGGCCAUCCUACCAGUCAAUUUAACCUGCGAUUGGCAAGGGCAGGGAAGCUCAGAACAUGCCCUGUCCCAGAUCAGACACAAAAGAUUCAUAGUUACACUUACAGCCUUUAUGGUCUCAACUCAUCCUAGCAACUGCUAGUGUUGCUGUAGCAUCUAUUAUUGAAUCAGUACAAACAGCUACUUUUGUAGACAAUUUGGCCAGAAAUGUGUCUAAGAAUCUUCUCUUAUAGCAAGGUAUAGAUCUAAAGAUUCCUGCAUGUCUGCAAGCCCUUGAGGCUGCCUUGGAAUAUGUAGGGGAGUGACAGGAUGCACUGGCAUUCUGACAGCAAUUAAAAUGCGACUGGGAGUAUAAACAUGUCUCUUUCAUUUCUCAACCAUGGAAUCAAUUAAUACAUAGCUAAGAUGAGGUGAAACAGCACCCCUGGGAAGUCUUUCAUGACAAUUUAACAGUAGCCAUAAAGCAACAUAAAACUAAAAUUCUAGAAUCCCUAAACUCCGUAGAUCUACACACACAACAAACAGCCAUAUGGAAGGUUGGGUGAGAUCAUCUCUCCUGGAUAGACUCCCCCAACUGCUGUGGGUCACUCCUUGAUUGUAAAAGAAUGUUGCUAACUAUAUUCACAUUUUUCUUAAGUUAUUUACUAACUGUAGGAUGUAAAGCUGGAAUAUGAGUGGUGACUGCCAUCCCUGACAGACCUGUUGCUACACACAUCUGUACUCUUCAAUCAACAAAAUCUGAUGCAGAAAGCAGAAACGGGGGGAUGUAGCAAUUCGUUCAGGGUGGUGGGAGAAAUUAUAAGAGGAAAUUAUAUGAAAAACACAAACUUUCUUGGAAGGACAGGUUUUGAAAAAGCUUUAGGAAAGGUCUAUGGCUGAAGGCAGUCUGAUCCUCUUACCUUGAGCUAAUAGAAAAAAUCAGAUAACAUCAGGAGGCCAAGGCAGGUGGUUCACGAAGUGAAGAGAUUGAGACUAUUCCGGCCAACAUGGUGAAACCCCAUGUCUACUAAAAAUGCAAAAAUUACCUGGGUGUGGUGUUGUGCACCUGUAAUCUCAGCUACUCGGAUCACCGGAACUCAGGAAAAGGAGGUUGCAGUGAGCUGAGAUCAUGCCACUGCACUUUAGCCUGGCAAUAGAGCAAGACUGUCAAAAAAACAAAAAAGCAAAUAGCAAGGGAAUGUAGAGGAGUUAUAGCUUGUUUACUCAUGUCCUAAAACUGACUUUGAUCAUUUGCACUCAAGAUUGCUUUCUUUAUGGAGGCUGACCAUGUUAAUUACCCACACGUGUGUUGACUAAAAGCCUUUGUUAUUAAAUCUGUGCUGAAUAAAUGACUGUAGCACCAUCAUGUCAGGGCCGUGGCUGCUGACUAUAGCACCCUUCUUAGUGUCUGCAGACAACCCAGUCCCCUAGCCCACUCUUUCACGGGGUACCUGUGUCUGAGUGCAUUUGUUCAUUUAUUGUUUGGCCAGGGUCUGUGGGUCAGACCCAGCAUUACUCCAGCAGAGGACUGGGGUGUUUCAUUAUUGCCUGGUGCAAUGGAUAUUCACACCUGGACUUUGUUGGCUUGGGUAGGUUUUUUGUUUUGCCUUGUUUUGUGUUGUGUUCUUUGGCUAAAGUAGCGUGGCUGUUGCAUAAAAGAUUUUUAUCUUA